CCACUGACCUUAGGGAACAAGACCCUAACUCCCUCACAAUACCUGCUGCUGAGCCACAGAGGAGAGAGACCGCCUUUUGCAUGCAAUAUUCUAUUAAAAACAUAAGGUUAUUUGACUAACUGGGAUUCUAUUGUUGGCUGUAACAUUGUGAGCAUUAACAGUAGUUGUUAAACUGGAAGAGGGCGAUGCUCUGAAACACCGUGCUGGUUCGGCUCUCUCACCGGAUCGCAACCGGAAACAACUAGAGGACCCACAAACCCCAAACUCUCUGAAGUCCCAGAGACAUGGAUUCUGGGGUUGGACAUACAUUCCGGUAGGAAUGUCUCGAAUCAAACCAGCAUCUGAUUCUUAAUCACUCUACUAUUAUUGGAUAAAAUGCCGGAUUGCUCAAGAUGACUGAGCUGAAUUAUGCCUUCAUAAGAGAAAACAGGAAAGAAAUGGAUGAAGCUUUGGACUGGAGUUAUAUAGAAUGGCAUGAGAAGGAAACAGUCAAAGGAACAGAUGCACAAACUCAAACCAAAUGUGAACAAACCGAAGACAAAGAGACACAAAUGAGUAAUCCUUUCAUAAUGCAAACAGAUUUAGGGAGGACUCCCUCCAGACUGAGGUACGGUUCCCUCAAGGAGGGUGACGGCAUGUCCGCACACUUAUUUCAGUUUGAUAGACAAGCCCUGUCUCGCAUCUCCACGUCCCCUAUGCUAAGGAGGAUGAGGAGCACUAGAAUCUCCUCCCGAGAGCUAGGCAGAUUUGAUGGCCCUUUAGGAGAGGAGACACUUCCUCCGAGGAGCCCCCUGUCUCCGUUAUUCCUGCAGAAGUCUCCUCUGGCGUUCCAGUCUGAUGGAGAGGGCGGGAACUUCAAAUCUUCAGUGAUUCACGGGAAAAGUAGAUGGCAAAGAUCAAAGACUCUUGACAAUGGGCUCACUGGCAACAGUCAUGAGUCUCUUGAUUCAAAAGAGGUUGUUUCUGAUGACAACGAAAGCACCACUGAUGACAGUGAUCAGGGGGACGAGCCCUAUCAUAAAAGGCUCCAGGAAAGGAGGCGGAGCUCUGUGGUUGUGAGUCUUCCUGGAUUGGAUGUUUCCCCUGGAGAUUUAUUUGUGUCCAAUGGUGCUGCUGAUAUUUUAAAUAAAUCAGCCUAUUCAGACACCAAGAAAUCAAAGUGGCCCUUCUCAAGAAGUAACACAGCAAAAGGGAAAGCAGACAUUGACAAGUGUCUAGCUGGCAUUCAGAUCCAGGAAUGGAGGGACACAGACUUUCAAACAUACAAGGAUAUGUCUCUGGAGGAGUUUUUGAGCGGUCGCUCUGAGCUGGGAGCAGCAGAGAAUCCUAAAGCUUACCGAAAACAAGAGGCCAUUUGGGAACUUUUCACUAGUGAAUGUGUCUACUUCCUUGAUCAGCUCAUGGUUUUAAAAGAGGUAUUUUUGACCACACUGUCAGAUCUGCAGAUGAGAGAGUGUCUACAGGACAUUGACUCUUGGAGACUCUUUGCAAAUCUCAAUGAACUCUGUCUGGUUAGCUUUGGCAUCCUUACUAGUCUCUUGCGUGUCAUUAAGGAACUGUGGACCAAUCCGGACAGCGAUAGUACUCAGAUUCUUCUUGAACUCCUUAUAAAGGCGUUUGGUGAAAGCAUUUGCCAUUGUCUACAGAAGUACUGCCUAAAUUACAGCACAGCCAUCCUUUAUCUGGACAGCCUGAAAUUCAGAGAGGACUUUGGCUCCUUCGUGAAGUGGUGUGAACGUAACGAGCAGUGCCGCAGGCUGCAGCUAAAAGAUCUGCUGGUGGCUCCUCUACAGAGGUUCACACGGUACCCUCUGCUGUUGAAGAACAUAGGGAAGAGAGGCUGCUCAGAGGAAGAAGAGGGCACACUACAGAGGAUCGUGGACAUCAUCGACAGAGCCAUCUAUGAUCUUGAAGGGAAAGUUAAGUGGUUGGACAACUAUCAGAAGGUGAAGCAGCUGAAGGAAACUCUGGUGUGGCUUCCUGUGUGGGAGCGAGACAAGAAAGCACAUGUACCUGAGAAUCUGAAACACUUAUUAAAAGCCGUAACAAUGGAGAACCUGGUGUCUCAACGUAGUCUUCUGUACGACGGCAAGCUCGUUCUCAUAGAAAACGCAAAGCUGCAAGAUGUCUACCUGUUUCUCUUUGACGAAUUCCUUCUGAUCACGAAGAUCAAGCGAAGCAAAAAGAAGUCUAAUGCGGUGGAGUCAAACCCUCUCCGUCCAGCCGUUGGCCAAGAGCUUGAAAUCUUAAUGCAGGAGGGCUGUAGUUUCACAGUUCUGGAUCAGCCCAUUUCCCUAGAUCGCCUGCAGUUAAAGAACAUAGACCAGCUCAAUGCCACAGCAUCUGGUCUGCCUAAUUCUCUCAUAAUAAUGCAUCAGAAUCGUUACCAGCAAUGUAUCGGAGUCUUCAUUCUGCAAGCCCAGUCUGAAUCUAUAAAGAAAGGGUGGAUGUCGGAGAUAGAGGACGCCAUCAAUUCUCUGCUGAAACAGGACUGUCAGCAGCCUCGGGUCAAGAACUCCAUGCUUUACCUGGAGUCUUCACAAAUCUAACUUAUACAAAGACUUUCUGUAGAACUUUCCUCAAAGUGCCAUUGGAUCACUAAAGUAGAAAUCUGGAGCAACGCCUUAAAAAAAAAAAGUCACCUAGUCACCUUGCAGCAACAUAUUUUACAGUAAAACAAUUUACUCAUGUUGCACCACCAACAGUGGUGGCCCUGAGCAGUUUAAAGUUCCAUAAGAGGAACGAUGUGUCAGUUCUCUUUUAUUUUUGUAAAAUGAAGAAUUCUCUAUUGUUGAAUUUGUCUGUUUUUCACAUUAGUGUCUCAUGGUGAAAGUGGAAUGCUCUGUUAAACAUAAGCGCUCGGAAAAGCUUCCCAAAUAGUCAGCCAUGCGAGGAUCCAGAUAAUAAUUCAAUGUGUAUGUAAAUUAGUGGCAAUGGAGUUUUUUUUAUAAAUUAAAAGUUUUUGUUAAAACAUUGUACACUACGUUGUGUUUGGAAUGAUUUCCAAUUUUGACAUUGACAAAAUAAAAGGGUCAAGUUUUUUUCCCUCCCUGAUUUGGAA